UUUCCCCUCCCUCUCCCCCCUCCCAGUGCAAUCUAUCUUCAAUUCCAUUUCAUUCUUACUACAUGGUAUUCCAAAAUUCAACUCAAUGGUAUUCCAGAAUUGAAUGUGGAACGUAGGCGGAAGCGGAAAACGCGGCGAGACACAGAACAUGGCGACGAUAUCAAUGAGGUUGAGAUAACCGAUCCGCUGAUAGAAUUGCUCAUUGACAAGGAAACAAAGUAUCAAGUCUUGUUGUCAUCCACUAUUAUGCCAAUUCAUACCUCUUUACGAGAAGCGUUAGUAAGCGGAUACAAGGCUUUCGACGAUGUCGAAAAGUAUGCUGCGAACCCGAUGCCUGUCGGUUAUUCCACGAAUUUUUCAUAUUGGCGUGCAAAAAUUCUGUCGGUGAUAGUUGAGUGGGCAAAAUCGUUCGAGGUGUUCAGCCGACUUGCCCUUGAUGAUCAAAUGCGGCUCAUAGUGCAUUCAUCAUUCUCCAACCUCGUACUAGCCGAAGCUUUCAAUACCCCUGAGAAAUACACUGACCGUAUUGUUUUCCCCGAUGGCCUCAGUGGUUUCCGGAGUCCUUCGGCAAACGCCUUAAAAGAGCGUAGUGGGCUGAUUCCAACUGUUGUCGCAGUCAUCAACAAUAUUCUGGUUCCUAUUCGUCGGAUGAAAAUGACUAAAAUAGAAUAUUUACUACUACAGGCUGUUCUUUUCUAUGACCCGGAAUGUUUGUCAUUGUCUGAAGGAGCCCAGCAAUUGAUAGCUGCUAAACGACGUCGUCUUCUCGAUUCUUUACGCAGCCAUCUGGACAAAAAGUUCAAAGAUCAAUCUGAAAGCGCUUCUCGAUUUGCUGAGAUUCUGUUGAGGAUCAGUAAUGUACAGAAAGUAGCAGCUUUCAAACGAGAGACAUUGGUCACAAUAGAGACGUUCAACUUGAUGCAACCACAUCCAUUCACUAUGGAGAUUUCGAAAAAAUAUCCGGACGUAUCGUUCUUCUAG